AUGAAGAUGAGCAACAGCGACGAAGACGAGCUCCUCCAGAGCGGCAACGAGAUGGCCUAUGAUCUACGGUUGCUUAUAGUGCGCUCAAUCUUAUCUGAAGACCCUAUCCACGUUGAGUUUUGCAGGGUUAAUGAGGCUUUUGACACAAAGGAAAUGGAGGCAAUGAUCAAAAUUGCUCACCUCGACAUAUAUGGUUAUGCAAGAAACCUCUUAUUCACCAGUUUUCUUAUGCAAGUUUAUGAGGCAUACAAAACCUUACUGGCAGUGGCCAAGUAUGGCUUCAAGGGUAUGAGCAAUGAUGUGGAGAAAUGCUUGUCACUGGAAAGGAUGCGUGGGCUGAUAAAUAACCUGAUUAGAAUAUCAAAACAGAGGGUUGAUUUUGAGAAAACAAGACAUCAAAAUGUUGUCACUUCAGAUGUUCGGCACCAAAUCAUGACAAUAAAUAGGAAAGUAAGGGAAGAGUGGGAUAAAAAACAGGCAGAAGCAAAGAAGAUUCGAAAACUAAAUGAUGGAGCUAAAAAAAUUGCAGUUUCUUUAAAGGAAAAUUGGUCAAUAACAACAUUGAAUUUGAUUUUAUCUCAUGGCUCAUGCUUAGCUAUGAUCCCGUUGGACCAAAUGGUGCCAAGGCCUUGGCUGAAGUUCUCAAGUUUCAUGGGAAAAAGUUCUCCAGCUAUUGCAAAGGAAGACAAAAGAAGCUUCCUGGCCACAAAAAGGCUGAAAGAACUUUUGGAAUUUAGAAAAGCUUCCUCUAGUGAAACUAAGGGUGUUGGAGGUGGGAAUGGCCCUGGAGUUCAGUUAUUGGUAACUUUAUGAUGAGUUUGUAAAUUGCAUACAAGGAUUAAAUAAUUAAAUGGUCUUAGACAUGCUGGACUUAUUAAAAAUUGUAUAGCUUUUCUUGGAAUACUGACUCAGACUUCGCAUCAGAUUCCAUGUAUGCUAAUAAGUGGAUGUUUUGGCAUCUAGUACUUGUGUUUUCUCUUUAAAUGGCUUUGAUGAAGGCAAUUGAGCAUGAGAUUGAAGUAAAUGUCCGAGUGCACGAAGUUCGUUCAGAAUGUGAACAUCAAAAGAAUUUCCCAUCGGCAGCAAGCUAGAUCCUAUUGUUUAUGGCCCUCCUGAAUCGACAAUAACAAAGGAAAUUCUAGAGCAAGAACUUAGUGGAAUGAGCUUGG